GAUAUUGAAGUAAUAAUCCCGCAAUAUCGCUGAUUGAGAUUUAUCGUUUACGUUAUUGCAUUGUCUAUUGACCUGUAUUGUUUUUAGAAAUAUAUCAGUUAUGUCGGCAAAUUCAUCUCAAAAUCAGGAAAUUGAUCCAAUUCAUUUUUUCAAAUCUACUCUUCCAGAAUUAAAGACAAGCAUCUCGAAUUUGUUCACUCAAAUAGCCGAUUUCAUAGAGGGUCAUAAGAAAGCUGAGGACUGUAAACAGCCGGCUGAUCAAGCUGCCUCCCAAGCUCUUUCCAAAGAAAUAGGGAAUGCUUAUGGCCUACUGGAUCAAUUGGAGUACAAUUUAAAACUAGCGGCGGAAGUGUGUCAGGAAGCGACCGACAGCCAACGUCACGCGCCGUUUAAUCUGAACGAAUUGGUAGAUGUACAGAAAAGCCAGCAGUCCCUACAAUCAGUCUCCCUGAAUAACUACACCACGAUAACCCAGACUCACAUUCAGAGCAUUCAGAUCAUUCGCGAUUUACUAGUGGAAUUCUCUAAAGCGAUUAGUAAAAACUCGACUUUCCCGGCUUCCUCCCUCUCGCAUACUCAACCUCUCCAACAUCAGAACAUUGCUUUGCAGAUGUCUAGAGCAUCAACCUUGCCAUAGUCAUCCGCUGGUCAACAUCCACUCAUAUAGACUUCUACACUUUAGUCGACAUUUGAUAAUUAUUUUUCCGUUGUCGUAAAUAAAUAAUAAACCGUAACGGCUGAUGCGACGGUCCCAGGCGAUUAUUACGACUAGAUGGCGCUGACUUGUGAAAUAUGUCGAUAAAAGUAAAAAAAGAAAUUUUUCUACUGCCUUUUGCGUGCUUUUCCAAUUAGACGUUGUUUCUGUUCCUUCUCUUUUUGCCAAUCGGCCUUUACUUGAGCGUCACCGUAGCCCUUUCUUUCUUCCUCCUUUUCAAAUGCAUUUGGUACCGCCUCCAGUUAUAACUAGCAACUCAGCGCUUAAAUAAGAAUUGUACGAAAUGGCAGACAUACGGAAAACGAAGUAAUAAAACGGAAGAGAAAGCGAAAGGAAAGUGGGAGACAAAUGAAUAAAAAAGAGACUGAAAAGCUUGCGAAAAGAGAGAUAGAGGGGGCAAAGUAGGAUGAAACCAACGACCAAUAAUUGAGCGGCGUUCUUGUUUGCGUUUUAAUUGCGUUGCCG